AUGGCAACAGCAAUAUUGUUGGUUGCAGUUGGGCUGUUUUGCUUCAACGGUGUUAUAGGUGCUAGGGUCCAGUGCGAUUUUUAUGAUGCGGACUGCACAACAAGAACAUCUCAAAGAGAAUUUCCUAAUUUCGUGAAUGGUAUCGAUGGUGUUGCACCUUCUGACCCUCUGAAGCAAGAUAUCAUUGAAAGCAAUCUCCCUAAAUUAAAAUAUACUAUUAAGGACGGAGUUUUGUCUGGAUUCAAGAACUGUUUUAUUGAACUAUUGAGAUUGUCGAAAGAUCAAACAUUCGAUUAUCACGUUAGAUGCCCACAAAUUACUUUGAACGGUGAAUAUGAACUGAAGGGUGACUUACUCAACAACUAUAUUGAAGGCAAGGGUACCUGCAAAGUAGAAUUUUACGACUACCGCUUCGUCAUUCAAGGCAACUACGAGUCAAACAAACGCGAUGACAAAACGUAUGUACACUUUAAAAGUUAUACACUUAAUACGGAUCCAAGAGGAAAAUUGAUAUUUGACUUCGAAAAUCUCUUCAAUGGUGACAAGCAGAAAUCUGACGCUGCUCUCAAGAUGAUGAACGAAAACUGGAAAGAAGUGGACAAAGCGAUGCAUCCACAAGUCAUGGAAGCAUUUAUGAAAACAUAUAUGAAAAAUGUUAAUGACUUUACAAAUAAAAUACCAGCUGAAGAAAUAAUAUAUUACGAGCAAUAA